ACCGCUGAGGCUGCAGCUCCACGCGGUGCGCGCAUAUCGAUAUAGCCGGCGUAUCAGUCUUCAGCAUAGCUUUGAAUUUCCUUUUUCUUCCUUCUCUAGACCUCACUGCAGCUCUCAUUCGUCUUCCAGUCUUCGAUUGUCGCAUGUCCUGCUCCCGCCUCAAGCGACCUGCCGCAUCUGCCUUUACCGCGUAGAUACUAGCGUCUGCGCGACAAGCUUGACCUCUUCACAGGUGCAGGUGAUAGCAGUCUCUUUCUCGGCUUUCCUUGCUCAGAGGGAAAUUCUCUCACUGCUCCGCCGAAGGUAGACCGCCGACCCAGGCCCGAGGCCCGCUACCACAUUUUGCAGAGCUAUGGCGACCUUUGCGCCGACCAAUUUUCCCUCAGACGUCCGAGACAAGCCACCCCACCAAGAGCCCCCACCACAGCAUCUCCAACAUCACGGACCCUUCUCCCAUCAGCUCGACCCGCCCACCGCGCCUCAGUCCUCAAACCCUCUGCCGCAGAUAGCGAGACGUGCGUCGCGCGACCUCAGGCCCCAGCACUCCAACGGCGCAAUGGCGGGCGCGAAUGGUCAUGGGCCUAUGGCGGUGCCGGGCGGGCGCGCCAACGGCCACGAGCAUAGGGCAAACUUGCGCGAGAUGGGCUUUGCCGGCCCGCGCAGCCCCCCAAACAACAAAAACACCUCACACGUCCCCUGCAAGUUCUACCGGCAAGGCGCAUGCCAGGCUGGCAAGGCGUGUCCGUUUCUGCAUUCAGACGAGCCGCUGACAGAGCGAGCGCCCUGCAAGUACUUCACCAAGGGAAACUGCAAGUUCGGCCAGAAAUGUGCCCUCGCCCACAUCCUCCCCAACGGCCAUGUCGUGAACCGCGGAAACGCCGGUAAUCACUUUAGCCGCAUGAACAUUCCACACCACCAGGAGAUGCCCAUGAACAGCUCGCUACUUACGAUGCAGGCUCACAUGGGCGGUAUGCAGCCAGGCUACCCCUACGCCAUGCCCGACGAGUACGCGAACCAGAAGAACCAGUACGACAUGAUCCCGACCAUCGACACCACCUUCUCCUCCCACCCAGGCUCUAACUAUGGCUCGCCGCCAAACGAGAACGGCCGACUUCCGAUAUCGCCAACACAGAAGGGCUUGAGUGUGAUGGAUGUAGGACUUCCUGCGUCUUUCGACAGCCAGGGUGUCUCGACCAUGGCGCGAUACGGCCCCAUUGCGUCCUCAGUACCCGCCAAGUUCCUCGCGAACUCCCCGCCGUCUUCGUACCAAGCCGAUUCGCCCGCUCUUCGAAACCUACACGACUCCGCGUUUGGAGAUGGUCUGCGGAGGGGUAUUGCAGGAUUGGGAUCGUCUCCGCCUGAGUCGGUAGAGCAGCCAGUUGGACGGAGGAUGCUACAUUCUGAGCUUGCCGCGAACCGCUCCCGGGGCAUCAUGUCGUCGAGUGUAGGUGCGCGACCAACGUACAAGGACGAAGAAUGGGAUGAGACGGACAUGAUUGGCAAAUUCGAGGAGGACCUACUGCCCAAUUCGCUGAGCGAUCUUCUGACACCCCAGGAAAAGAUGCGCCGCUUCUCGCGCGAUCAAGGCGAGAGCGACAACCGCGCUUCGCAGUCCAGGUUCGGGGUUUCGCCAACAGCAUCGGACCUCAAGUACGGAUCGCCAUCCGCAGCCACGGCUUCCCCAUCGCGUUUCCAGUCCAUGUGGGCCAAGCCUCGAGGACCGACUUACGAAGGAGGAUUCGAAUCAGGCUCGCUACCCGGCCAGUCAGCCUUCGGACACGUAGGAUCACCACUACGCAACUCAAGCCUCCAUCCAGGAGCCAGCCCUUCACUACGCGCCAUGAACCGACCCACCACAGGCGACAUGAGCCCAUACCUCGCCUCACCUCCCCGCCAAGCUUCCAUGAGCAUGAUUAGCCAGCAACUACAGCGCACCCGCAUAUCAGCCCGGGAUGAAAGCGGCAUCACCAGCAACCCCGUGCACCCCGGCAUCAACCGCGUCACCUCCGCAUCCAGCAUCGGCAGCUCCAGCGGCCGUCUCGGUAUCGAUCGCGCUGUAAGUAGCAGCAGCAUCAACCGCGAGAGGAUCGAGGAAGAGCAGGGUCUGUUCAGCAUGGAAGAAGAGGAUGAUCUCAACAAGAGCAGGGACGGCGCUUCGACUACAUCCAGCAACAGCAACAAGCGUCUGAGUGGUCUGUCAUGGGGAAGUGGUGGGAAGGGAAGCCCGAACCUUGCUCCUGUUGGUGGUCAUCGGACGGCGGGCACUUCUGCACUCGGCAAGGAGACGGGUGCGGGUGCUUGGGGUGGGAAUGCUUGAACUGAUGGAUGAAACCAAUACUGCCCAUCACCAUAGCAAAGCAUUACACUCGACGCCCUGAGCCACUUCAGCACCAGCAGACACGUACCUCACCCCACGAGCGACAUCUCUACGAAAUUCUUUCCCUACAUCACGAACAAAAGGAAAAGGUUGGAAAAUUCUCAG